UUAAGAAUUUCUUCAUUCCGUCACUAAUCCUAAACGUGAGACGAUUUGUUUAGUCUGAGUGUGACUCAUAUUGAUGAUAUCCAGGUUCCGUCCUGAAUCCUGAUAUGUUUUCCUCAUAGAUCUUGCAUUUCUUGCAGGUCAAAAUAUAUAGUUGUAAGAAACUAUGUACUUUCUUGCGAUUAUUUCUUGCAAGUGGUUACUUGUAUCUGAAAUCCUACAAUUCACUACAUGAAGGGACGAAUUCAGUCAGCACCACCAAAUCUAGUCCAGCCAAAUCCAGAAGAGCAGAGCAUACUCGUUAGACAAGUGUCCUUAAAGAAAGUGCAAAUCUUGAUUAUAAAUUUUCAAAUCCUAAAUUUUUGCACACUUCUGUCUCCGUGAAAUUCCAUCCAAUCCUUGUAAUCUUAAAGAAAUAUAUACCUACAUAUGUGCAUAUCAUCUCAACAUGUUUCUCCUUCGGAUUAUUAUGAUUGCGACAGGAUUUAUGAUGAGCAUGGCCUCCUCGAUUGGAAUUGACAAUAGAGCAGACUCGCUUAAAGAAGAGGGUGGGUUGUGUUACAAAUGCACUUCCAACCCCCAACCGCAGUACGGACCCCGACCAUUUUUGCCCUACCACAAAAACUGUGCUGGCGGUGGACCACUCCCACCCGAGAUGCUGUCUGGAUGUGAGGACGUGAUAACUCCGUACGACGGAUUAUUCGGCCACUACCAACGAGACUUGUAUAUUGACCGACCUGGCAAAAUCGGAACAAGUGGCAAAAGAGUGUGGCAAAAUAACUUCAUCCGAGUCUGGUAUCGUGAGAAAAGGGUGCAUACUAGUCGCUGGAAGUAAGUUUCAAAGAUUCUGGACGUUCCAAAAUAUCGUGGAGCUUCACGGAGAAAUUAUGACGGAGCAUUAUUGUAUGGCGGCCGCAUGUAACCAUGGUAACGGGUUGGGAAGGAUGACGCUCGGUUUCAUGAUAGGAAUGGUUUUCGUGGUCAAAAUAUUUCUUUAGCUUAGCUCAUCAUCACGUUGGGAAUUUUGGCAUUUGUAUCUUGGGCAGUCCUUUAUUUAUUAAAAUCAGCUAAUUAUUUUUAGCCCGAGUCAGGGCUUAUGGAACCGUCAUGUCCGUCCGUCCGUCCGUCCGUCUGUCCG